AGGUCCAGAAGAUAUUGAGGUUAGAACAUGGCUUCAAUUGGGGUGUCAGAGAUGCUUGGAAACCCCAUCAAGUUGAGUGGUGCAACAAGGUCAGCACCAUCAGCUUCUAGCCCUGCCACCUUCGAGACUGUGGCUCUCUUUGGUAAGAAGAAGGCAGCACCACCUCCUCCUUCAAAGAAAGCUGCUACUGCUAUCACUCCUGCCAAUGAUGAACUCGCCAAGUGGUAUGGUCCUGACAGAAGGAUCUUCUUGCCAGAGGGUCUCUUGGACUAAUCCAAGAUCCCACCAUACUUGACUGGAGAAGUGCCCAGAG